AUGGCGUCCCCUGAUCAAUCUUCAGCUUUAGACCUCAUCCGUCACCACCUUCUAAUUGAUGAUCUAUCCUUCCUUCAAACUUACUCUGGUCUCCCCGAUAAUGAUUCACACAGUGUCCAGACUUCUGAUUUUCUUUUUCCUCAAAUUUCAUCCAGUAAUUCAUCUUCUUGUUCGUCUUCAUCCCCUGUUUUUGAACCUUUCAGCAACUCCGUUUCUGAUGAACAAUUUGAAUUUAACGUGAUGCGUGAACCCGCGUUCUGUAAAAAUCCAUGGAAACAGACUGGCGGUGGUGGUAGUGUUAGUGGGAAUAGUUUUAAUGAAAGAAAACCGUCGCUAAACAUAUCGAUUCCGUUUCCUCCACCGGUGAUCAAGAAAACUGUGGUGGCGGAGAAGGUGGAGGGUGUUGAGGAGAGGAGACAUUACAGAGGAGUGAGACAACGUCCUUGGGGGAAGUUCGCAGCGGAGAUUCGUGAUCCGAACAAGAAAGGCACAAGGGUUUGGCUUGGGACGUUCGACACCGCGGUGGAGGCGGCGAAGGCGUACGACAGGGCGGCGUUUAAGCUUCGCGGUAGUAAGGCAAUAUUAAAUUUUCCGCUUGAAAUCGGGAAUUUAAAUGCGGCGGCAGAGAUGCCGGUGGUGAAGAGUAACGGGCGUAAAAGGGUGGCCAGAGAGGCUGAGGUGGAGGAGAGAGAAAGUCGGAAAGAAGUGAAAAAGGAGAUGGAGACAGAAAUGGUGAUGGCGGAGUCCAGCGGUGUUAAGACGACUGACGCCGCAAUUGGGCCGCUAACGCCGUCAUGCUGGACGACGGUUUGGGAUUUUGGUGACGGUGACGGUAACGGAAAGGGUAUAUUCGAGGUGCCUCCGUUAUCACCUUAUCCCGGUGUUGGCUUUUCGUCGGGUUGUAUGGUUAUCUGA